CGCAGUUGACCGGUAGUGACUCGAAGUACUCAAUAAUCUGGGUAGCUGUUUGCACCGGGACAUCUCGCAGCAAAACGAGCAACAAACUACAGUGAACAGUUAAAUACACGAGUUUAAUUCACCGAGAGGGGUUUCUACCGACCAGCAGCGAUGAGCUUCUUCGGUUUUGGACAAAGUGCGGAGAUCGAUAUAGUCCUAAAUGACGCCGAGACGAGGAAGAAAGCCGAGCACAAGAGCGAAGACGGCAGGAAGGACAAGUAUUUUCUGUUUUAUGACGGAGAAACGGUGUCGGGAAAAGUCAACGUUACGCUGAAGUACCCGGGGAAGAGGCUGGAGCACAACGGCAUCAAGAUCGAGUUUAUCGGGCAGAUAGAGCUGUACUACGACAGAGGGAACCACCAUGAGUUUGUGUCUCUUGUGAAAGACUUGGCUCGACCAGGAGAGCUCACACAGUCGCAGACAUUCGACUUUGAGUUCACACAUGUAGAGAAACCCUACGAGGCGUACACCGGUCAGAACGUCAAGUUACGCUACUUCCUGAGGGCGACAGUGAGCCGGAGACUGAAUGACAUCAGCAAAGAGCUGGACAUCGUGGUUCACACACUCAGCACCUACCCUGAACUCAACUCCUCCAUCAAGAUGGAAGUGGGCAUCGAGGACUGUCUACACAUAGAGUUUGAGUACAACAAGUCCAAGUAUCACCUAAAAGACGUCAUUGUCGGAAAGAUUUAUUUUCUGCUGGUGAGGAUUAAGAUCAGACACAUGGAGAUCGACAUCAUAAAGAGAGAGACGACAGGAACAGGGCCAAACGUCUACCACGAGAAUGACACCAUAGCAAAGUAUGAGAUCAUGGAUGGAGCACCGGUCAGAGGAGAGUCAAUCCCCAUCAGGUUGUUUCUAGCCGGCUAUGAGAUGACGCCGACCAUGAGGGACAUCAACAAGAAGUUCUCAGUGCGGUACUACCUCAACCUGGUCCUCAUCGACGAGGAGGAAAGACGUUACUUCAAACAGCAGGAGAUCACCCUGUGGAGAAAAGGAGACAUAGUGAGGAAGAGUAUGUCUCACCAAGCCGCCAUCGCCUCCCAGCGCUUCGAGGGCUCAUCAAAUCCUGAGAGGACCACCAACCAGAACAGUGAGGAGGACAGCUAGAGCCCCGCCCACACUUCACCUGUUUGUGAGUGUGUGUGUGUGUGUGUGUGUGUGAGCGAACACAGCGCAGAAAUAUCAGCAAAUGUCUGAAUGUGGAUAUCACUUGUUUGCAUCUAGAUAGAAUGAGCUGCAGUGUUUUUAAGGAUGUUUGUGUCUGUGUGAGUGUGUGUGUGUGUGUGUGUGUGUGUGUGUCUGUGAAGGGAACAAACAGUCCUACCAGGCUCAGACUAAAGUUUUCUAAGUGUUUGUUUUACCUACCUUGGAGUACCAGCUGGGUGGAGUUAACCACACCACGACUAUUUCUCAUGAAAAAAAGACCGCACAGAAUUGACUUUAAAGUGCUUGACUUGAUUUUGUUUUAGAGUCCGGUGUGGCAAACUCCGCCCGUCAGAUGCACUUAAACAUCAUUUGAAAAUACCAUUUGACCAAUAUGAUGAAUUCACAUCUGUGUACGAGUGUGCAGUGUGUGCUGGGAAAACUUUUCCUUCAAACUUCUCUCUCUGCAGGGAAUUAGGGCCAUGCUGAACCUAUAGUCAUGCGUUAUGUUUCUGAAAACAAAAGUGUUAAAACUAAAAAAAAAAAUCUCAUGGACUGUUUAUAAGAAGUGGAUUUAGUGGAUUUCUUCACAUUUUGGCCUUUUCCACCUUUAAUGUCUGCAGCCAGACGUGACCAUAUUUAGACGAGAGGGUGGGAGCAGGAGAUGAAGAAGGGAUUAACAAGCGCUAAGUGAUGAGCUAACGCAUAACUCUUGUAAGAUAGGUGAAUCCAUAAUCCUUAAUAGCUGGGAUUUUAAAUGGGAUGACACUUUUCAAGCGACUUUUAUGAGGGCACAGAACUUCUCUUGCUUUUUAAAGGAAUAAUUAUUGACAAAAAGAACAUCAAGCAGUAUUGAAGAAGAUUUAAAAACUACACAUAGACUCAUCAGGAACAUGUUUACGUUCUAAUGGACACAUGAACCACACACACAUACACACACACACAUAGUUGUGUUGCCAAUUCAAAAAUUUAUCACAAAGUGGAGAGGAGACUUCACAUUACAUAUUUGACCACAGGGGGCGCCAAUAUCCACACUAACUGAAAGAUCAUUGCAGUUACCUCAAAUUUAGUAAUCAGGUUUUAUUUUUUAAAGAUUAAUUUGCGUUCCUUACUACUACUGUAAGAGUCCUCGGUUUGAUUUAGACGGUCCAUUCAUGAAGUGAUGAUUCAUCCAAUUCUUUCAAACUCAACCAAUGACAUUCUGGCUAAUCUUCGCAACCUUUCACAAAUUUGAACAAUAACACAAUUUCUCCCACAGACGUCAACAAACUUCUUCAAGACCCCAAACAUCCAUCUGCACUGUUGUUUAAACAUCAGAGGGUGUAGUUUAGUUUAUCCUGUUUGAUGUAGAAUUCAUUCUUUUGCAGUUUAGACAGAAAUCAGAAACAGAUCAAAUGAGUUUGAGAUCAAAUAAGAUGAUUUUUAUUUUCUCUGUCAGUGAAAUAUUCUACUAAUAUAGAAACUAUCACGUCUAUGUUCAUUUCUGCUGAUCUGUUCAGUCGAGCUUGCUUUAAAAACUAGCGAGUUUCCUCCUUUCUCUAGAUUUUCUGCGCCCUGCGGCAGGAUGUGAACCGUGCAUAAGCUGAGCUUUUCUUGUGGGGGCAGUAUGGUUGCUCUGACGUCGCAGGUUUAAGGCACUUCCUCGUUGGCUUUACUUCUCAGAGCUGGAGACUACAUCCACUUCUUAUUGACAGUCAGGGAUCUUACAGUUUGUCCUUUUUAUUCGUCCUCAAGAGAAUGUGACAUUAUGACAUUAACUACUUUAAGAUAAUUUGCUGUCGCUCACUGCUGAGAAACUUCUCCUUUAAUUCAGUCUGAUUUUUAAUUUCUUUAAAAAAAGAGAGCAAUGACUCUAAAAAAAAAAAGGACAUGAAAUAACUUUUGAAAAUGUUCUUAAUUGAAGAAAAAGCUUGACAUGUUUGAUAAAACUAUGCUUAACAUAUUUUCAUACAUUCCAUCAGAAAUAAGCAUGACUGUAGAGUAUUUAUUUUCUAAGAAAUGUCCAUUUUUUAAUCCAACAUUUGACACGUUUGUUGCAUCAUUUGGUCGUGGCUCUGUCUGGUGUUGCCACCGCUGCUAAAACAAAAGUGGCACGUUCGAGCGCUGUGGGAUUUUCCUCCGUCUAUGUUUCCUCUGUGAUAGUUGGAAGCCCUGCUUUCUUAUUUGCACUAUGAUCUCAUUCUGCUUCUUCUGCUCUCAGUGCUGCUCAUGAGCUCUGUGCAGGGCUCGAUAGAGGAGUAAUAAAUAAAAUAUCACUUCCUAUCUUGUGCAGACAGUAUUACACCGGUGUUCAGUGACAAAGGCGACAUACAGCUCUUCUCAUUUCUCUGUUAUGUGACACCUUGUCUUCACAAAUCCUCCUCACUUUGAUUGGAAAUUGAUCUCAGUCGGCCAUUUUUACAAUAUCUCAACUCUUAUUUUUCAUUUGGGGGAGCAAGCAGGGAGAACAGUUGAAGCUUGGUGGAGGAGCUCAAUGUGAGGACGCACAGGGGCAUCUAUCGCCCGAGUCUUAUGAGACACACAACACACAGCUAUAAUCCAACUUUCCAGGAGUGCUGAUGUAGAGUAUACCAUCACUGUGACUUUUUCACAACGUGCCGGGUGUUUCACAUGCAAGGGUUUGUGAAUACAGUUCAUAAAUAUUACAGCAGACGGUCUAAUUUAACAAGCCUAGCCCUAAUGAAUGAAUUUAAUAAACUCAAACUAACAAUAAUCUGCACUUCCUUAAUGCUUUGAGUUUGAACCAUCACAUGCUACAUCAGGCUGUUGUACUGAAUAUCCACAUGCUUGUAUUAUUUCCUUAUGAACCAAUCAAAGCCUGUUGAGUUCAAUUACAUUUAUUUGAGAUAUACUGUAUAUUAAAGGGAACAGUGUACAGUGCCCUGACAGCUUAUGAUCCUUCAAAAUAAAUAAGUAAAUAAAUUAAAAGCCACAUAAGAAUAAAAGACAGCAAAAAAAGAUUUGCUUCUCUUAUUUGCUUCAUCCAUCAUAGCUCACUGACUGUUUCAUGUGAAGAAGAGAAGUCACAAAUAUUUGACACAGGUCUGUAAAUACAGCAUGAGGCUGUAAAACAGCAGACUCAUGAUGCAGCUGUGCCACUUUGGGAUGUCUCAUUUCCUUAAUUCUCAUCAUCCUUACGUCGACUCCUCUCUCCUCGUGUCUCCUCCUCUGCUUGCAUCCCAUGUGGGAUAAAAGAAAUCAAAGAUGCACAAGAAGAGUAAUGAGAAGAGCUUCAGUCCCUCCUCUUGUUAGGCUGCUGUGACUGACUGCCCUGUUUGGUUAGUUAGAUUUGUGCCUAAAGGAUUUAUUGCCAAAUUCUGUCAGUGCAAUAUGGAGAACUAGUGCUACAGUAUACUGCCCCCCCCCCCCCCCUUACAUCUGAUUCAGACUGUGCUCAUUAAUUUCUCCACUUCAGUCACUUUGAAUAAAUUACUAUAUUGGGUUGAUUGUAAAAAAAAAAGUAGUGUCAAAUAAUUUUAUUGUGAAAAAAUGAAUGUAAGAAAGUGUACUCAGCCCUAUUAACUUUAACCUGAGUAUCUUUGUUAAUUAACCAGCUUUUUUUGUUGUUUCUAACCUUACAAAAUAGAUAUUGAGUGCCAUUACUUCUUAGCUUUUGUUUCCUUUUGAACUUCUCUCCUGAUGAGCACACUUCAGAGUGAGAUGUGUGCAGCACUGAACUGAAACAGCUCUCCGCCUGUCCUCAAUACUCGCCCCAGCUCUAACUUUUAUUGCUUAACGAGCUAACGCUGUGCUACGCUACAAACUCUUAUCACUGUGCAUCAUGUUAAACUUUUAGACAGUUUUAUAUUCUGUACUUUUCUGGCAGCGUUGGGACUUAGUUUUUGUUUUCAUGUGCUGUUUAAAACGUGCACUGUCCGCAGACUGCUGUUCAGGUAACUGCUCAAAUAAAGAAAACAGCUGCCUAACUAGUACAGAUCUGAGAAAAGACACUGAUUCACGGUGCCUGACUUAAAGAAGGACCAAGUUUUCUUUUAUGUCAUAGUUCUUUCUUCUUCCUCAUGAACUGAAACCUGGUUUCCAUCAAGGGACUCAAACUAUUAAGGGUGGGGAAUCUUAUAUAUAUGCCCUCACAGAUCUAUCUCUUUCAAAUUGUAUUUUUUCUUGCAUGAAAUAACCGCUAAAUCCUUUUUACAAAGCCCAUAUCACAUUUUAUUGGAGUUUGAGUUAGCAAUGAGUGAACGACUGUUGAGUAACUUCUUAGACUGUAUAAAACAUGGACGUAGUCUCAGUGAUGUCAACUAACUUUCAGCCAACUUGGGUGAAGUUGAGGCAGCCUUCUGGCAAAUGGCUACAAUGUGCCCACCUGUUUGCCAUCCCAGUCAUGCCCCUACUUCUUAUUCAAAUGUAUGUAUAACUCUUAGCCUUAACUUAAUCUAAACAAACAGGUAACAAAAAAAUGUCAACCCUUUAACAGUUUUGACCAAUAAAAAAAUUAGCUAUUGAGACCCAAAUCAUUUUUUGUACAGGGCUGUAAACAUGUUUAUUUCUGCUGUAAAGAUGGGCGUUUUGAUAUGGGUGUUAAUGGGGAUUUCUUGGCUUUUGGAGCCAGCCUCAAGUGGACACUGGAGGCACUGCAGUUCUUUCGCACCAGCUUCAAUUUUCAGCACCAGAAGUUGCAGCAUGUUUUUCUUCUCAUGGGGUCUGUUAAUAGCUAGCUUACAGCUAACAUGCAGUUUGUCAAGCUGUGGAGUAUUUCUUUCUAUUUCUGUCUGAACGACCAUUCAGAAAAAUGUGGUUGAUUCAGAACUCACUUUUUAUGGAAGGUUUUUUCUCAAAACUGACACCUUGCUUUUACUUUCUCGUCGAAAAUAUAAUGAUGAUGCAGAGACCCGCUCUUUGUUGUAAAAAUCAACCUGUAGCUAAUGAAAAAGCCUUUUCUACAGUAAACUUAUAAAUAAAAGAUAAACAGGUUUUGUGAGACAUGCCACUUGUUUAAACAACUCUUUCAUUGGUUCUAUUUUUGCUAAAGCGACAUGGCUCGUGAUCUAUCUGGACAAUUUUGUGCGCUACAUUUGCUAACCUACCCCCACCUAACCUGACCUGACCUUAUUCGCCCCCCCUCCGCCCCCCGCCCCCCUUUAUAUGUUUUUUAAAGGUCUCUGAUUUGUUUAAAAGGUAUUCUUUAUUUUUUCACUGCCUAACUCUGUGUCCUUUAUUUUAGCAGUUACCUACGUUAAUUCAAAUAUAAAUCUGUUGAAUAAAAUCAGACAUUCAAGUAAUCUUUAGAGCAUAUCAUUUAGAUUUGUGUUUUUGUUUUGUCCUGUGUCUGUGAUUACAUUUGCCAGUACUGGUACACGCAGUAGCUAAACUAAGAGUGUGUAGGCUAAAGGAGAGCGACCCGAGCUGAUGAUAGGAACCAAUUAAUGAACUGUACAGUGUAAAUGCACAAUGUAAAUGCUACCCUUCUCUUUCAUUGAUGUUUUGUCAUAUCUUUACUUUUCUGUCUAUAAAUGUUGAUUUUAAUCAUUUUAUAUUCCUGUUUUAUUUUGAAUUAAAAGGGAGUAACUGAAUGGCAAA